AUGCGUCCAGGAAACGUACUGGUGCCACAAGCGCCUGAUCCUGAACUAGUCCAAAUCCUCAGCAAAGUCGACCCAAACCGCGUCAAAGCGAUAAUCGAGAAACUAGUAAGCUUCGGCACACGACACACUUUAUCCAAUCAAACGGACCCCGUCCGCGGUAUAGGCGCGGCCAGAGACUGGAUCGCAUCCGAAAUGCGCUCAUUUGCUGCUGCUUCUAACGGGCGAAUGACAGUAUCGGUGCCAAGCUACGUUCAACAGCCAACCUCACGCAUCCCAAACGCCACUGUAAUUAGCAAUAUCGUCGCAACACUCAAAGGUUCCACUGAGCCUAACCGUGUAUAUGUCAUCUCUGGCCAUUAUGAUUCUCGAGUGACUGACAUCUUGAAUUUCACGGACGACGCACCUGGCGCAGACGACGAUGGUUCUGGUGUUGCGGUUUCGAUGGAACUAGCUCGAGUGAUGGCGACCCACCAGCCAGCCGCAACGAUUAUGUUUGCGGUCGUUGCAGGAGAAGAACAAGGUCUUUUCGGAUCCAACUUUAUGGCCACCACAUUGGCCCAAAAUGGUGUGGAUGUCCAAGGAAUGUUCGACAACGACAUCGUAGGAAGUUCAACAGCUGAUGACGGCACCGUUGAUAAGACGGACAUCCGCAUGUUCGUUUCAGGCCUUCCUCAAAACAAUACCGCCCAACAAAAUCUGAACCUCGCAGCGAUCGGAGGAGAAAAUGACUCGCCAUCGCAUCAGCUAGGCCGGUUCGUUGCUGAAGUUGCGCAAAAUGUUGUGACCCAAUUGAAUGUGCGCACCAUCUAUCGCCCAGAUCGUUACUUACGUGGCGGAGAUCAUGAGUCAUUCCUCCAGCAAGGAUUCCCAGCAGUUCGCUUCACAGAACCCCAUGAGAAUUUCGCACAUCAACACCAGGAUGUCAGAGUGGUCAACGGGGUCCAAUUCGGUGACCUCGCCGAGUUUGUCGACUUCGACUUCACUGCUCGGGUGGCAAAGGUCAAUGGCGCAGGACUGUGGUCGCUCGCACAAGCACCAGGCACUCCUAAGAACGUGUUCAUCGACGCCACGGUAUUGACAAACAAUUCGACGCUCAGAUGGACUGCAGAUCCCAACGCAGAUAGCUAUGAGAUUGUGUGGAGAGAGACAGACGAGCCUCAAUGGUCUCGCGUCAUCCCAGUGGGAAAAGUAAGCUCUGUGACUGUGAACUUGUCGAAAGACAACGUCCAAAUGGGAGUGCGGGCCGUCGGAAAGAACGGGUUCAAGAGCCCAGCCGCUUUCCCUUUCCCUGGGUAA